AAAUUGCCGCAGGCAGAGAUUUCCAAAAUGGCUGCGACCAGGGGACAAAUUUUCGCAACCCUGGCUAUUUUAGCAGGUUUUGUCGUAGCUGGUGGCUUGAUUACUCAAUACAUACUUCAGCGGCAAUGCAAAGAACGUGAAGAGCAAGGUCGCAUAUGCUCUGCUUCUGGAGCAGGUGAUGCCACGAACGAAGAUGAAGAUGAAAAGAACCAAUCAGGGCAUUGCAGAUUCAAUCACUCCGAGCAGGAGACCAGGCCAGACAGAAAUGUCACCACACAACCAAUAAGAAUCCCAGGUGCACCCACCGACAACAAUCAAUACAAACAUGACAAUGACGCUGAGCUGCAGAAUCAACAAGAUGGUGCCGCUAUCCGAAGAGCAACAUUGCCCUCCCAAGAGGAAGUCACAGAAACGUUUUCCAGAAUCACAGAUAAAGGAGGUGGCGCCCUCUUGCUGAGAGAUGCAGAAAUACUGGUGAUGCUGCUAAAGCAUGAUACAUCGAAUACUGUCCUUACUGAAGUAUUGAAGACCAUCGGCAACUGUGCUGCCUUUACCACAAGUCAGAAUCUCCUCCGAGAAGCUGGUUGUCUUGAAAAGCUGACUAAGUUAUUGAGAGUGAGUAACAUGGCUUCCAAGGCCGGCUAUACGUUACAGGCCCCAGUCAUUAUAGGCCUUAACGGUGCUAUUGGAAACUUGUCAGUCAAUGAAGAGAAUCAAAAACAUCUAAAGGACACCAUCCCUACUCUCCUCGACAUAACUGCUGAAACCAAUGAUGAUCAAAUCAAGCUGUCCUCGUUACAAGCCCUGACAAAUCUCUCACUCCUGUCAUACAAUCAUGGACACUAUACACGCUCCGUGCAGAAUCUCUAUGAAGUGUUGGAGUCUGGAUCAGACACCCUGAAGAUACAAGCACUGAAAGUCCUGGUGAAUCUUUCAACGAAUCCAAAGAUGGUGCCUCACCUUCUAGCAGCCAAGGCUCCGUCUUGCACAGUUAGUCUUCUCUCGGAUGACCUCGACGAGGCAAUACUCCUUCGCUACACAAAAUUUCUCGAAAACAUCGUAAAAACGUCCCGACUCCACGACAUUGAAUCAAAAUCUCUCCCAACAGACGAUAAGGCGCCGUCACCUGAGACAAUGUUUACUGCCAUUUAUGGCUUGAACAAUGGAUUGCUACGGAGUAAAGUGUUUGUUCUUUCACAGAUUCAUAAUGAGGAGAUAAAGAAUCAUGCGCAUGUGAUAUACUCUUGUCUGAGCAAUACCUGAUCUCGUGUUUGUGGAAAAAAUAGGAUGGACAGUGUGUGCAAGAGGAACGGAGGGUGCAUUGUGAUAUUAUCAUGUGAUAUUAUCAUGUGAUAUUAUAAUGUGACAAAAAGAAUAGUACACUGCCUUCUGCAACAGUAUUUAGAGUAUCACAUUGAGAAUGGAGUGAGGCUCUACUCUUUGAAUCAAGGCUGCUUAUCAUAUCAGUAUUUCAAGCUACAGCUGGCUGGAUGAAGGAUUAUGAAGAGGACAUAACCUUCAUUGAAGAAAACUUUUUUUUGAUGAUAUACCCGUCUGCCUGUAAAAUAGUUUCAUUACAAUUUACAGUUGGGUCUCCUGAGACACACCUAAGUCAUUUCUCUCAUGCUGCAACUCGACUCCUGCAUGUAAGAGAUGGACAUACUUACAUGAUGGGAAAUAUGGUUCAUUCUGCAUUUGGUCAAGAAACUUUUGAUUUGUUCUUAUACUGUCUGUUUGUUUGUACAUAUAUAUGUGUAAAUAAUGGUCUCUGAUUCGUUCAUCUGUAUUGUGUCCAAAAUGACACGGUCAAGAGACCAUGGACGAGGAGUUGAUUUGUUCCCUGGUGAGGUCUUUCAUUCACUUGACAGAUGCUGCUGUAACAUGUGCUUUGGAGAGUACGGGCUGGGGCCUCAAUCGGGCCUCUAGGCCUCAAUCGGGCCAUUAGCUCCUCUCCUUCCUCCCCGUUUGGUUGAUGAUGUUAAUUUUUACCAAAGUUGCAGGAUUGCAUAUCGGAAAGUUGUAAAUAAAACAAUGCUUGAA